UUGUUGAUUAAUUAGCAUAAUUUUGUACAUAAUGUUGGAGUUACCAUUCAAUAUGACACUUAGCAUCCCUACAUUGUAUUUCAAGUCCUUACCUUUUGCUCAGAACUUGGAGCCUGAAUUUCUUAAUGGCGCAAUUGCUCUUGUUGCUGUUGGCCUAACUGCUGCUUAUAUCUACUAUCGCAAAAACCCCAAAGGUUGCUUGGACCCCAAAAAUUUCAAAGAAUUUAAACUUGUAAAGAAGACUCAGAUCAGCCCAAAUGCUGCAAGAUUCAAAUUUGCCCUUCCUACUCCUAAAUCAAUAUUGGGUCUUCCUGUUGGAAAAAACAUACUUGUCAGAGGAAGAGAUAGUCAAGGAGAGGAAGUUAUGAGAUCAUAUACUCCAAUCACAUUGGAUUCAGAUAUUGGCUAUUUUGAAUUAGUUGUGAAGAUGUACCCAAAUGGAAAAAUGUCCCACCAUUUUAGACAAAUGAAGGAAGGUGACAACUUGGCCGUGAAGGGCCCCAAGGGACGAUUCAGCUACAAACCUGGCCAAGUUAGGGCACUUGGAAUGAUUGCUGGAGGUUCAGGCAUCACCCCAAUGUUUCAGCUCAUAAGAGCAAUAGUAGAAAACCCAAAGGACAAAACAAAGGUGUACCUCAUUUAUGCCAAUGUAACAGUGGACGAUAUCCUACUAAAGGAAGAACUUGAUCGCUUUGCGAACACAUUUCCUCACAGAUUCCAUGUCUAUAAUGUUCUUAACAAGCCUCCAAAUGAAUGGAAUGGUGGUGUUGGAUACAUAUCAAAGGAGAUGAUUGAAUCCCAUUGUCCAGCACCUUCCCCAGAUAUCCAGAUACUUAGGUGUGGUCCACCACCUAUGAAUAAAGCCAUAGGAACUCAUCUUGCAGCACUUGGAUACACAUCAAACAUGCAGUUUGAGUUCUAAUAAUAACACUUCAAGUCAAUUUCUCAGAUUCUUGCAACACUUUUUAUUUGCUUUUAUCAUAUAUAUGUGUCAAAUUUAAAGAUUAAAAAUCCAACAGGGACAAGUAAUGUAACUUUCAGCUAAGUUCUUGCUUUCAUUUGCCAAAGAGGCAAAUUCACAAUGCUAUGCCAAAUUCAUAUGAAUAAAAUGGUGUGCCUUCUUUCAAUCAUUA